AUGGAAGGUUUCAACCAAACCAGAGUGACUGAAUUUGUCUUCUUGGGACUCACUGAUAAUUGGAUGUUAGAGAUUUUCUUUUUGGUGGCAUUCUCAACCACCUAUGUGCUGACCUUGUUUGGGAACCUCCUCAUAAUAGUCACCAUUAUGUUCACCCCACGUCUCCACACUCCCAUGUAUUUCUUCCUCAGCAACUUGUCCUUCAUUGACAUCUGCCACUCAUCUGUCACAAUCCCCAAGAUGUUGGAAGGCUUCCUAUUGGAAAGAAAGAACAUCUCUUUUGAUGCAUGCAUUGCACAACUCUUCUUUCUACACCUCUUUGCCUGUGCAGAGAUCUUUCUGCUGACUAUCAUGGCUUAUGACCGUUAUGUGGCUAUUUGCACCCCUUUACACUACUCCACAGUGAUGAACAUGCAAGUGUGUGUGCAGCUUGUCUUUGCCCUUUGGGUGGGAGGCACUAUUCACUCCCUUGUGCAAACCUUUCUGACUACCCGCCUGCCCUACUGUGGCCCCAAUGUCAUUGAUAGCUACUUCUGUGAUGUGCCAUCUGUCAUUAAGCUGGCAUGUACAGAUACAUACCUCACAGGGGCACUUAUUGUGUCCAACAGUGGAACCAUCUCCCUUGUUUGCUUUCUGGCUCUGGUGACUUCCUACACAGUUAUCCUUGUGUCUCUCCGGAAGCAGUCAGCCGAAGGACGCCGGAAGGCACUCUCUACCUGCACAGCUCAUUUCACUGUGGUAGCCUUCUUCUUCGGACCCUGUAUCUUCAUCUACACACGACCAGACACUAGCUUCUCCAUUGACAAGGUGGUGGCUGUGUUCUACACGGUUGUCACCCCUUUGCUGAAUCCCCUCAUCUAUACUUUGAGAAAUGAGGAGGUGAAGAGCUCCAUGAGACAACUCAGACAAUGCCAAGUCUUUUUUGCAAAAGCAUUUACAUGA